AUGACCUGCUGCGCUCCAGAUGGCGACGAUACGUUUCUGAUGCCGCUGAAGAAGAGAAAACAUCUGCGCUGUCCGGGCGACGGUCAAUCGCCGCGCGAGAGACGAUGCGGCAACAUGGGCCUGGACAAGUGCGACGCGCUUAGGCCCCGUCCGCGUAGCGCAUGCGCUGCAGACGACUGCGAUCCGGCACCAAAGCAGGUGACAUUUCCCGGACCGUGUUUCGAGGACUCGGCCGAGUGGCAGUCUACCAAGUCGACGGCAGCAGGCCUGUUUCAGGCCCUGGGCCAGCAUUACGACGAACCGUGGUUCCCGACCGUGAUCAACGAAUGGUCCACACUUUAUUACCAGUGCAGCCACGCGUGCGAUUACUGGCAGUGCCGGGAAGAGUGGCUGGCCGGCGACGAGGAGGUUCGGUUGACCAUAUGGUCCGAGGUGCUCAAGUACAGGGAACAGCACGAGAGGCAGCAAAACGGAUGCGCUACUGAGGUAACAAAAACCUAUGGAUGCCCAAACAAGGCCAACGAUCGAUUCGACCUACAUCACAAGAAUGUAGAACCCUUAUGUGAGGAAGAUCUGCCAUCUACAGAUGAGAGGGCACGAGACGAAGCUGAGGCGACUGAAAUAGCUCUCGCGGAUCCGGAUGACAACCCUGACUGGGUGGAAAUGCGACGCAAGAUGCGUGGCUCGUUCGCGGCGCUAAACGUAGCCCGAUGCGAAGUCAGUGCUGAGCUACUAGACCACAUCAUGAUCGAACUGUGCAAGUACUGGGCUAACGCACCUGAAACUGAGAACUCCUGUCAAAUCGACCAGCAACUGGAGCGGAACAUCAUUCGAGAGAUUCAAAACUUUCGAUUUAAAUUAUUUGACGUGGCCGUUAUAAUUGAACCAGAAAUACAGCAGCGCGGUCCGGAUGCGUGUCAAGAGCCGGACCCUUGCAGGAAGCAGGAACCUUGUCAGAAACCAGAACCGUGUCGGAAGCCUGAACCUUGUGGAAAUUCGGAACCAUGUUCUCUACCAGAGUCGGAACCGUGUUCAUCACCAGAUCUGGAACCAUGUGCUCGAUCAGAGCCAAAACCUUGCUGCCCAAAAAAGCCAGAAUCUUGUUGUCUGCGGGAACCGGAACAAUGUUGCCCUCAGAAACCGGAAUCAUGCUGCCCACCGAAGCCAGAUUCUUGUCGCCUGAAAGAACCGGGACAGUGUUGCCCUCAGAAACCAGAAUCGUGUAAAAUGCUGGAACCUUUGCAGAAGCCGGAACCGUGCUGUCCAAAAAAGCCGGAACCGUGCUGCCCAAAGAAGCCGGAACCGUGCUGUCCAAAGAAGCCGGAGCCAUGCUGUCCAAAGAACCCGGAAUUAUGUUGCUCACAGGGACCAGAAUCGUACUGUUCACAAAAUCCUGUACCGUGCUGCCCAAUGUCACCACCUAAACCUAAGUGUUGUGCCCGCAGACGAUCUACGAAAACAAAGUUGGCUGAAGCCCGAGCUCGGCAUAACGCUACACAAGUUCGGGAUCGUGACGUUACAACUGGAUGGUUAGGUGGGAACCCCCACCAAUAA